GAAGGGCACAACAUCUAUAGAAAAGAAAGAUCAAGUGUUUUUUUUAUUAAAAUACUAAUUACAAAGACACCAGUGUUUUAACAAUAACAAUCACACAAAGUUGAACUUUUACAUAUUAUUAAAUAUAUAUAAAAAUAUCAAAAUAAAAAUGGCUUUCGUUCAGCGCAACAUUUUGAGAAGUGCUUCCAAGUUCCAACAGAUUAUCCGCCCUUUGUCGGGUGGUGCAGCGCAGAAAUCUGUAUUCAUAUCGCAAUCGAACGAUGUUUACACCAACUUAGCCCUUGAGGAAUGGAUCAAAAGCAACUACGAUCUGAAGAAAGAUAACAUCAUGCUUUACUACAAGAAUGAUCCUUGCAUCCAGAUUGGGCAAGCUGCAAACCCUUGGUUGGAAACGAACAUUUCAUUCCACCACGAAAACGACAACGUCCUGCCUGUAGCCAGAAGGCAAGGACAGGCUUCGACGGUAUACCAAGACAAUGGUGCCAUGAACUUGACCAUAUUCGGUAGAUCAACAGCUCCGAACGACAUCAUCGCCAGGGCUCUCUUCAGAAGAUACGGCUUAAUUGUCAACAAACAUCAGGACGAUCUACGAUUCUUCAAUCACAAGAUUUCUGCAAACCAGUUUGCAGAUGGCGAGGAUUAUCAGCACUGCUCGUUGUUUGUGGACGUGAACCAAGGAGAUUCAGUCGGAGCAUUAGCGAAGCAAAAGCUAACUGAUGAAAAGAAAUUUGUCAACAUAACCCAGAUAGAUCCGAAAGUAACCAUGGAUGGUCUUCUUUCGGCAAUCGGCUGGGAAUUCCUCAGAUUCGACAGCGAAACUGUUAAAGAUGGUGGCAUGCAGUUGGCCAAAAAGCAGAAUGGGUUCCAGAUGAUCAACCCUUCGGAAAAUUGGUUCCCAGGAAUUACUGAGAUUCGCAACCGCUUGGCGAGCUGGGAUUGGUGUUAUGGAUCAACACCUAAGUUCACCAUACUCAGGUCCUUCCCUGUACCAGCACAGCUUCUGAAUCCAUCCAGCGAGACCUCCAACGAACUCCACGUCAAAGUUGAAGUGAACACUGGAAAGAUCAGCGACGUUACAUUGUUUGUUCCACCUGGUCUUACUUCAUCUGGUUUCACUGGUGAAGCCAAGGUGGUCACCAGCCUGAGAGGACAGAAAUUCUCUGAAGCCGCUAUCAACUCCUUUGAAUCCAUACUAGGAGUCAACAAUAACGAAAAGGAGAAGUUCGUUACCGAUUGUGUCCGUGAGGCCGUAUGCUCGGUAUAAACUGAAUUUGAUCUUCUUCAACGAGAACGAAAAAAAAAAAGAAACUAGUUUUAAAACUUUCUGCUUUACUGCUUCAUAUUUCUUUCGUUUUGUUUUUUUUAUAUAUAUAUA